UUCAGUCUGUCAUGUCAAUCUUUUUUUUGUUUUGUUGUCUUUGUGUUGUUUUGUGAUGUCGUCUAAAUAUCACUAAAUCGAAUUAGACAAUAUUGUUUACAUUAAUCUGUUCAAAAGUUGCUCAAAAGUGUUUUUAUGUGAAUAACGAUACGAAUACUGUGUUAUGUACGUAAGGAUAUAAAAAACAAAAUCUCUAGUGGUACAAUAACGAAUAUAGUAUGGGAGUUCGGUGAUUCUUUAUUCAAAUAAGGCGGAGUUCGAAUAUCAACAAAACCAAGAUGGCAACAAUACAACAGAUAGAAUCGAAACGCAUCCUGCUAACAGACAACGGGCCCAGGGACCACAUGAACAACGAAGUGUCCUCAACAUCCAGCGAGAGCUCAUCAUCUGAUCCCAUCACCAAGUUCAACAAAUACUAUAGAACUACGUAUAAACAGUCACAGUCGGACAAUGAAGGCCCACCGAGAAGGUCAAUACAACUGCCAAGAAGCCAUUACAAAUCAAUGAACAACAUAAACGACAUAUACACCGAGGUAACGUCAGUACAAAACAGCAUUUCAAAUAUAGAUUUAAAUCUCCACACGACGGAGAUAAAGAAAUUCGAAUCUCUACGCAUUCCCAUUGUAGGUUAUGAGGUUAUGGAGGAACGGGCCAGGUUUACAAUAUACAAACUGAAAGUUGAAGACGACAAGAGGGACCAAUCUUGGCUAGUAUUCCGUAGAUAUACAGAUUUUGUCCGUUUGUACAACAGAGUGAAAAAUCAACAGCCGAACCUAAUGUUGCCAUUGCCAGGCAAGAGAUGGUUCAGAGAUAACUUUGAACCGGCAUUCUUAGAAGAAAGGGUUAGGGGAUUACAGAUAUUCGUCAAUGCAAUAUUAAGUAAACUGCCCAAUCAUCCGAUAGUUAGGGAGUUCUUCUGUUUGGAUGAACCACCGCAGGUUUUCAGCUACCAGCCUGAGGUGCAAGCCGUUUAUGGCGCUCUAGAAGAUUCUAUUAGUACCCUCAAAGUGCAACUGAAACAGAAGGACGCAACUAUUAUGCAUUUGCAGAAACGUGUGUCCCAAUUGGAGGACCAAGUUAAGAAUUGUCCAACUUGCUGUACGAAUAAAUCGGCGAAUUUGUAGCUUUUUGUCAUUAAAACGUGCUUUUGGUGUUUUUUCUUUGAAAUGGGACACCAAAUCACCGCAAUCGCAAUUGGCUGAUUUACUAAGAAAUUUGGAUGUUGCACAAUAGGUAUUGUUGCCAGGCAACGGGUGGUUCAAAGCUUUCUUUGAACCAGCUUCCCCAGAAGAGAAACAAAGGCAUUCUAAAACAACACAAGUCUAUAUGGUCAAUACUAGCUGCUUUGCCAGAGUAAUAUAGAUUUUGGACAUUAGCAUAUUACAUAAAAAGUAUUCAGCAGACUUUUUUAAAACUUUUUUGAUCGCCAGGUAAUAGAUGGUUAAGUUAUCUUUGAACCAGCUUCGCCAGAAGAGAAACAAAGGCAUUCUAAAACAACACAAGUUUAUAUGAUAAUACAAAACAAUACUGGCUGCUUUGCCAGAGUAAUAUAGAUUUUGGACAUUAGCAUAAUACAUGAAAAAUAUUCAGCAGAAUUUUUUUUAAACUUUUUUUAUUGCCAGGCAAUAGAUGGUUCAAAGUUAUCUUUGAACUAGCUUUCCCAGAAGGGAAACCGAGGUAGUCUAAAACAACACAAAUAUAUGAUUGGCUAGUAAGCCAGAGUCAUAUAGAUCUUGGAUGUUAGCAGAAUACAUUUAAAUAUUCAGCAGUUUUUGGUAUCAUUGCCAGGCAAGAGGUGGUUCAAAGUUAUCUCUGUAAUCUUCCCAACCAUCCAUUAGUUUACAUACAUAUCUACAUUUAAAAACAAUUACUUUAUGGAUGGAUAAUGAUUGUCAAGCAAGACGUGGUUCUAUAAUAACUUUGAACCAGCUUUCGUAGAAAGUGUUAGGGGGUUGUACUCGUAGUUCUUUGUAAAUUUUCCAACCUAGAUAGGUUUUAACUCUAGGUAGUAGCUAGACAGAUUCUCUAUUUGGAACCAUCAAGUGUUAGCCUGUCUGAAGUUUAAGUCAUUUUACCAUUCUUGUGUUUUUUUUUAGCUGUAUCAAAAUCAAAAUCAAAAAUCAAAAAUCAUUUAUUUCAAGUAGGCUCAGUUUACAAGCACUUUUGACACGUCAGUUGACUAUUUGUAAAGAUUCUACCACCGGUUCGGAAGGCAGGUUCUGCUGAGAAGAUACCGGCAAGAAACUCAACAGUUGCUCUUUUGAAAAAGUCAUACAGUAUUAUAAUUUACAAUUGAUAACAAUUACUGUUUACAUUUAUUAUAGUUUUACUUUCUGUGUGAAGGUGGAAGCUGAUCCAACGACCUUCAAGCAUCUUUAUCAUUAAGGAACUCAUCAAUGUUGUAGUACCCUCGACUAAGUAAAUGUUUUUUAACACAUUGCUUAAAGCUAUGCAUUGGCAGGUCCAUCACAGUCUUGGGGAUCUUAUUAUAGAAGAGUACACCCAAACCUACAAAAGAUUUUUUAACUCUUUGGAGACGAUAUGCAGAAAUAACUAACUUAUGCCUGUGUCUAGUAAGACGUGGGUUUAAAUCUCCUUUUCGUUUGUACAAAUUAAUAUUUUGUCUUACAUAUACUAUACUGUUAUAUAUAUAUUGACAGGCUACUGUUAGUAUACGUAUAAUCGAAUCUUAAAUUUCGCUUAAUUUAAUUCAUGAUCUACGAGACCGUACCAUUUAGUCAGAAAUAGAUUCUAUUACUGUGUGGCAAAUGAAUAACAUCAAAUAUAUAUAGCACACUUGUAUUUUAUUAAUUUGUCGUUUUUUUCAUGUCACACAUUUAUAUGUCAGAGUCGAGCUAUAUAUAAAAAAAAAAUAUACAUACAUUGAAAAAGUGCCUGAUCUACUAUUUGUAAAUAUAAAGUAGAUAUCUACUAAUUGUAAAAAAUAAAAUGCAUUUUUUGUACUAGAUAAUUAUUAUACUGUACGGAUUUGGGAUCCAUUUUUUAUACAAAAAGUAUUUAAGUAUUAUAAAGUAAGCAAUAAAUUCAUGUUCGUAAUGAUUUCAUGUUUAGCUCAAUGUAAUGGCAGCAGGCAGCUUAUUUAUUAUUAAUACAACACACAGCUGCCAAUCUCAUGUUCAUAUUAGCUAACAGCUACCAAUCUCAUGUUGAUAUUAGCUAACAGCUACCAAUCUCAUGUUGAUAUUAGCUUACAGCUAUCAAUCUCAUGUUAAUAUUAGCUGACCAAUCACGUGUUGAUAUUAGCUAAUGGCUAUCAGUCUCAUGUUGAUAUUAGCUGACCAAUCACGUGUUGAUAUUAGCUGACCAAUCACGUGUUGAUAUUAGCUAAUGGCUAUCAGUCUCAUGUUGAUAUUAGCUAACCGAUACCAAUCUCAUGUUGAUAUAAGCUAACAGCUACCAAUCUCGUGUUGAUAUUAGCUAACAGCUACCAAUCACGUGUUGAUAUUAGCUAAAAGCUACCAAUCUCGUGUUGAUAUUAGCUAACAGCUACCAAUCACGUGUUGAUAUUAGCUAAUGGCUACCAAUCUCAUGUUGAUAUUAGCUAACAGCUAUCAGUCUCAUGUUGAUAUUAGUUAACAGUUAUCAAUUUCAUGUUGAUAAUAGCUAACAGCUAUCAGUCUCAUGUUGAUAUUAGCUAACAGCUAUCAGUCUCAUGUUGAUAUUAGCUGACCAAUCACGUGUUGAUAUUAGCUAAUGGCUAUCAGUCUCAUGUUGAUAUUAGCUAACCGAUACCAAUCUCAUGUUGAUAUAAGCUAACAGCUACCAAUCUCGUGUUGAUAUUAGCUAACAGCUACCAAUCACGUGUUGAUAUUAGCUAAAAGCUACCAAUCUCGUGUUGAUAUUAGCUAACAGCUACCAAUCACGUGUUGAUAUUAGCUAAUGGCUACCAAUCUCAUGUUGAUAUUAGCUAACAGCUAUCAGUCUCAUGUUGAUAUUAGUUAACAGUUAUCAAUUUCAUGUUGAUAAUAGCUAACAGCUAUCAGUCUCAUGUUGAUAUUAGCUAACAGCUAUCAGUCUCAUGUUGAUAUUAGUUAACAGUUAUCAAUUUCAUGUUGAUAUUAGCUAACAGCUAUCAAUUUCAUGUUGACAUUAGCUAAGCUAUCAAUUUCAUGUUGAUAUUAGCUAACCGAUACCAAUCUCAUGUUGAUAUAAGCUAACAGCUACCAAUUUCAUGUUGAUAUUAGCUGACAGCUACCAAUCUCAUGUUGAUAUUAGGUAACAGCUACCAAUCUCGUGUUGAUAUUAGCUAACAGCUAUCAGUCUCAUGUUGAUAUUAGUUAACAGUUAUCAAUUUCAUGGUGAUAUUAGCUGACAGCUACCAAUCUUGUAUUGAUAUUAGUUAACAGCUAUCAUGGUGAUAUUAGCUAACAACUACCAAUCUCAUGGUGAUAAUAGCUAACAGCUAUCAAUUUGUUGUUAAUAUUAGCUAUCACAUAUCAAUUUCAUGUUGAUAUUAGCUUACAUCUAUCAAUUUCAUGGUGAUAUUAGCUAACACUAGCUGACUAGACAACAAGUGACUACAGCACACUCAUUUAUUUUCUAUUCUUUUAUGUCGAACUAAUAGACAUUUCACAUAGCUGAGUCAACCUACUGUGCGCUGUAGCACGGUGCGGGUGACAGUUGCCCUAUGACAUUCAUAACACGUAUCGUGGGGAAUCGCGACAAACUUUCAAGAGUGAAACGAACUGUCACCAUGCUAUAGUGCACGAACUGUAGUAGUACAGGGGUAGGUACUAAAGAGUAAAAGGUGUAUUUAUUUGUACUAAUUUUUUAUUUAGAACAUAUGACUUUUCCUGUUCUCCUAGUCGGAAAGACCAUGCUAGGAGUGAAUACUAUAGAAUGUAAAUAAUUUUAAUUGGAGUUUACUCCUUAAGAAUCGAUUAUUCAUAUAUAGCCCCCGGUAUGAAAAAAAUAUGGGCAGUAAAAUUCGAUUGACAGCGUUACGUUUUUUGUGCGCAACCUAUUCUGCGCACCUUUCACUUUUCAUUCGUAAGUACUGAGACGUACACAGUGUAUGCUGCGGGACUACAUACACUAUUUAGACAGUCGAUCUGAAAGAGUAAACUCGGUUCGUUUUUUUUUUAAUAUUAAUAUGUUUAUCACACUGAUAUUAUCUAUGGUACAAACAAAAGUGAUACAAUUUUGUCAUUACAAUAUAUCGAAUAUUACUGGAAUAUCAUAAUAUUUAGGGUCUAGAAAUGGUUGAUGGUUGAAACCAAUGAUUUUAUACUAUUAGAUAUGUUACGUGCCUACAAAAUUUUCUUAAAACUUAGCUACUCCUCUGGAGGCACACAAUUUUGUGUAUACUUACAAUAUUUUAUAUACUAGCGGACGCCCCGCCCUUAGGCCUCUUUAAUCCGGCUCUUACAGUAGUAUCGCUGUAAAAAUGGAGUAACUUCUCCCGUUUUCCCAACAUUUCCCUUCACUGCUCUGCUCCUAUUGAUCGUAGCGUGAUGAACAGUAUACUAUAACCUGCCCAGGAGUUUGAAGAAUAAUUGUACCAAGUUUCGUUAAAAUCCGUCGAGUAGUUUUUGUUUCUAUAACGAAAAGACAGACAGACCAAAAUUGUACUGAUUGCAUUUCAGGCAUCAGUAUUGAUCACUAAUCAUCCCCUGAUUGUUAUUUUGGAAAUAUAUUUCAUGUACAGAAUUGACCUCUCUACAGAUUUAUUAUAAGUAUAGAAUAGAUAGAUAUGUAUGUAGAGCCGUGGUAGCCCAGAGGAUAUGACCUCUGACUCUGAUUCCAGAGGGUGUGGGUUCGGGACAUGCACCUCAGUUGUGUGCAUUUUAAGAAAUUAAAUAUCACGUGUCUCAAACAGUGAAGGAAAACAUCGUGAGGAAACCUGCACACCAGAGAAUUUUCUUAAUUCUCUGCAUAUGUGAAGUCUGCCAAUCCGCAUUGGCCCAGCGUGGUGGACUAUUGGCCUAACCCCUCUCAUUCUGAGAGGAGACUCGAGCUCACCAGUGAGCCGAUUAUGGGUUGCAAAUGAUGAAUGCCAUAUCUAUAGUAUAAAAUGAUUGGUUGAAACUAUAGGUUUUUUGUGUCGUAAAUGUCCCAAUUUCACACUUAUUUGUUUAGCAUAGAAUUUUAUAAAAAAACAACUAGCGGACGCACGCGUCUUUGUCCGCGUGAAAUAAUUUUUUUUUACAAAUUCAGUGGGAAUUAUGGACUUUUCGGGUAUAAAAUGUGGCCAAAGUUCUGCUUCCAAGGUCCAGUUUAUCAAAUUGGUUCAACGGUUUAGUCAUAAAAAGAUAAGACCUCAUUCGCACGAGAGUUUUUUUAACGGACGUUAAAAAAGACGUAAUUUAACGUCGUGAAAAACGACAGCGUUUUAAAGACGACGCUUUUUUUCGAGCAGUUUUCAAUUUUGUGGGUUGGAAAUAGAUCUUUAUUAAACUUCAUACUAUAUUUGAACGUUUUUUUAACGUCCGUUAAAAAAUCUCUCGUGCGAAUGAGGGCUAACAGAUUAUACCUUUUGAAUUUAAAUUAUUAGUAUGGAUGUUUUAAAGUAUGUAGUAAAUAAUGAAAAGUAAACAAUGCUACUUUGCUGAAUUAAAAGUUUUUUUUUUAAUUUUACACGGACAAAAGUUGCCGGCAACAGUUUUUUAUAUAGUUAUUAUAAUUAUACAAAUACAAUAAUUAAUUAACUAUUAAUUAAGAAUAUGGCAGUUUAAUUAUUUUAUAAUUUUUAUUAAUAGAUAUUAGAUGUUUAUAACCUAGCGGACGCUCGCGACUUCCGCGUGGAUUUAAUUUUUUCACAAAUCCCGCGGGAACCAUGGAGUUUUUCAGGAUUAAAAGUAGCCUAUGUGUUAAUCCAGAGUGAAAUCUAUUUCCGUUCCAAAUGAAAUGGUCCAUUUCAUGACCACUCUUAUAACCCGUAACCGUAUCAUUAAAAUUUAAAAAAUACAAGGAUUUUAUUAAAAUCUAAAUAAGUGAAUAAAUCAAGAAAUAAAUAAAAUUAAAACCCAAGUUUUUGAGUUAUAUCAAGAUGGCGCCCAUAAAGCAACUAUGACAUGACAAUUGACAGCAAACGUCAAAUCGACUACUGCAUUGAAAACGUCAUCAAUCCGCCAUUAUUAUCCAUAUUAGUGUUGCAUUUCUUGGGAGAGAAUAAAUACUAUUUCCAGAGAAUUAAAGUAAAUUCGUAGAUAUGGUUAAUCAAAUUUGUGGCGCCACCAUCGGUUAAAAUUUGUCUAUUUCUCAGAUAUUUCCUGUUACUCGCAUGUUAAGCGACAGCUCUCAGACUAUUAAAGGUACAAAUAAUAUAAUGUAAUAUAGUUAUAAGGUGCUAUUAAUUUGUCGAUACAAAAUAUAAGCAUUUAAAUAUGUGAUGAUAAUAAAUAAUAAUUAAUUAUAUUUUUUAAUAAAAUUAAAUGUUACAUAUACAAAA